GAGCUAAAUAUCGACCGCCUGGCUCAAAUUUUCCCCCCUUUUACAUUCCUGUUUUGAUGUGUAGCUUUAAAUAUGUGUUAAAAAUAACACAUGUGUACCAAGUUGUUUAUGAAAGGCUUAUAGUUGUUUUGGUUUUCAGAAUCGUAGAUAAAUAAGUAUGCUCUAUUUUUGUGUGUACAGUUUGAAAAUUGAUAGCGAAUAAAAAUACGUCGCCGUGUCGAUUUGUCGAGUGCAAGCUUACUGUGACUGCUCUACUAGCGUUCUACGUCACCGUUGAGGCUGAACUUUGUGGUGUGACCGCUUAUUGCGGAUAAUUUAUUAUAAUCGUGGUAUUCAGGACACUGGUUGGUGCUUAACCGGUUUCAUUGCAUCUUUGAGCGGCUCUCUUGAUUAAAGCCACCUUCAUAUUUUUGUUUUUUUGUCUGCUGGCAUUGAGUUGAACCGGUUUGCCACCCCCGCCCACUUUUGUCAAGCGGAGUAACACGUUUCAUAUAUUUUUAUUUUCGUACUACACAAGAGCGAACGGAUGAUUUUGAAUGACUAUGAUGCUGUGACACUACAGGUCUUUCUCACUGUGUAAGCUUAGCUGGCUAUUUCUCUGAGCCUCGAGUGACAUGUAUUGAUUUAUUCUAAACCAGGGUCACUGGGCUAAAUCAGUUAGAUCCGUUUUCAUUCACAAAAAAAAAAAAAAAGAGAGUUGAUAAGAGUAUUGAUCCCUGCCUGGAGAUUUCACUGUGUAGUGUAGUGUCACUGUUUGCCACUGUGUGAGGUGUGUGCUCCGUAACCGGCGUAUCGCAGUCGUGUAGCUGUGUUCUGGGUUGGAUUAAUAAUUAAUUUCAACAUCUAGAUCUAUAUUAGAUCUGUAUCAUAUCCCUUAACUUUUGGAUUUACUGUAUUGGAUUAUAAUUCCAAAAACAUCUGUCAUUAUCAUUAAUCAUAGGCUGCAUUGAUUAAAACAUGAGUCGUACACCGGUGAAAAAGGUUCCUAUUCAUUUGCAGAGUGCCCAGUCCAGGAUCUUCAUCAAAAAUGGAACCAUUGUGAAUGAUGACCAGUCUUUCCAUGCAGAUAUCUACAUUGAAGAUGGGAUUAUUAAGCAAGUCGGCACUAACCUGGUCAUUCCUGGAGGAGCUAGAACUAUUGAUGCUCGAGGAAAAUUUGUCAUGCCAGGUGGCAUUGACACACACACUCACUUCCAGAUGCCCUUCAUGGGCACAGUGUCAGCAGAUGACUUCUACAGUGGGACAAAGGCAGCACUUGCUGGUGGCACUACAAUGAUCAUUGACUUUGUGAUACCCCAGAAGGGAGAGUCUUUACUUGACGCCUACGAGAAAUGGCGAGGCUGGGCUGAUGCCAAGGUCUGCUGCGACUAUGGGUUGCAUGUGGCUGUCACAUGGUGGAAUGAUCAGGUCUCCAAGGAAAUGGACGUACUUUGCAGUGAGAAGGGAGUCAACUCUUACAAAGUCUUCAUGGCCUACAAAGAUGUCUUCAUGUUGGAUGAUGAUGAGAUUUACCACUGCUUCAAGCGCUGUAAGGAACUGAAAGCCCUGCCCAUGGUGCAUGCAGAGAAUGGACAUCUCAUUGCUAUUAAAUCUAGAGAAUUAUUGCAACAGGGUGUGUCUGGCCCAGAAGGACAUUUACAAUCCAGGCCAGAGGAGGUUGAAGAAGAAGCCACCACUAGAGCUAUCACCAUCGCUGAUCAGGCUGGAGCUCCGUUGUAUGUAGUCCAUGUCAUGAGUAAAUCCUCUGCUAAUGUUAUCUCUAAGGCCAGAAGAGAAGGUAAAAUAGUAUUUGGAGAACCGAUCGCUGCUGGUUUAGGAACUGAUGGAACCCAUCACUAUAACAAAUGUUGGCGCCAUGCUGCCGGGCAUGUGAUGGGCCCACCUCUCAGGGCUGACCCCACUACACCAGGCUACCUCAUGGACCUGCUGGCUAACAAUGAUCUCCAGCUAACAGGGACAGACAACUGUACAUUCAAUGCUGACCAGAAAGCGAUCGGCAAGGACAACUUCACUAGGAUUCCCAAUGGUGUAAAUGGUGUUGAGGACAGGAUGUCUAUUAUUUGGGAGAAAGGAGUGUACUCAGGAAAAAUGGAUCCUUGUAGAUUUGUUGCUGUCACCAGUGCUACAGCAGCAAAAGUUUUCAACAUUUACCCCAAGAAAGGUAGAAUCGCUGUUGGCUCUGAUGCUGAUAUUGUCAUUUGGAACGGUGAGGCCACCAGAACCAUCAGUGCCAAAACACACCACCAGGCAGUAGACUUUAACAUUUUCGAAGGCAUGACAGUACAUGGUGUACCAGAAUAUGUCAUCACUGGAGGGAGCAUUGUUAUGGAUGAAGGCCAGCUAAAGGUGACCCAAGGUCUGGGAAGAUUUGUACCAACGCCUGUCAACUCUCAAACUGUCUUUGGUCGUGUUGGAAACCGAGAAAAGUCCCGACAACCUCAAAUAGUUGAGAGAGAGCCCUACACUGGACCAGUGGUAGAAAUCAAGGAAGAAGAUGCACUAGUAUAUAAUAAGCGGUCAGACAAUCCAAUCUUACCUGAGAGUGCUAAUGAAUUCCACAGCCGGCCUCCAACAAGAGGAGGGGCCCGUAACAUGCAAGAUUCAUCAUUUUCCCUUAGUGGUCAUCAAUACGAUGAGAAUCAACCCAAACGACCUGGAACAAAGGUGUCCAACCCACCAGGAGGAAAAUCUACAGGCUUUUGGUGAUCUAUUGCAGCAUCUGAUUGGCUGUAUCAGCUGACGAUAUUGUCACCAUCUCAAACUCAUAUAAGUUGUUGUUUUUUUUUUUGUUUUUUUUUUUAAUUCUCUCUCCCUUCAACUAGUGCUUCAGUAUCAUGUUGCUAUCCUUGUAGGUGACUGUUUCAUCAUGAUGGUUUUUGUGAUGGGUACGAUUGGUUAUGCUGGAAGACAUCUGUAGUGAUAUUCAGGAGUGCAUGGAACUUAGUCUUAGUAGAUUUGUGUCAAGUUACAAUUUGAAUGUAGAUAACUAAAACAAGGGAUUGAGGUUUGCUUUGAUGUCUGAUUUUUUUACUUUUCAUACUGAUAUUGUAUAAAUCUAGUUUUUUGUUUUUAAUGGGAACACAUUGAAGCUAAUUGUUUCCUUUUAAGUUAAUCCUAGCCCAAAUCAUUGUACACAAAGCUUUCAGUCUUACCAUUUGUAUUUGGAUAGCCAGCUGUAGAAUUACUGAAUGAGAGUUCAACUUUUCUAAAGACUUCUUGUAACAUUCUCUUUGACUGCUGACAGAAAGAUGAUGUCUUGAAAUGAUCACAGACUCAUUACUUGAUCUCCUUUAAUUUUUUUUUUUAAUUAUUUUUUUUUUGUAAAAAUGUCAACCUUCAUUUAUUCUGAAUACUUGUAUUUAUAAUGUUAAUAACCUUAUAGAAAUCAUUAAUUCAGAAUUCUCUAAACUAGAAUUUAUGACUUUUUUUUUUAAACUUUACUUGAUCUAGCUAAAAAGUUUUAUUUGGAAUAUUUCAGAAAACAUUGUCAGAAACUUUGAAUGUAAAAAAAAAGUCUCCUAGUCUGUUCAAUAAAACCCAUCAAAAUUUUUGUGAUUUUAUUGUAGUCUGCAAAGUUUUGUAAUUUGGCUGCAAGAUAUCCUAAGCUGGGUUUUUCUAAAUGUAGAAGUUUGAGAUUUUUUGUAAUGGGCAGAAGUCAAACCACUUUAACUUUGUUGUGAUUUCACAUCAGGCCAUACAACUUGUACAAUUGAAUCUUUUUUUUUUGUUCUGUUUGUUUGUUGGCAUGUCUCAUUUCUUUAGUGAUAGCAUUUAACCUUUUACAAUUGUAUGAUUGUUUUGUUUUGAUCUGGCACAAGUAUUUGUGUUCGGAUAUUUUUUUUUUUUAAGAUUUAGUUUUUAUCUUAUCUACACAUAAAUCUCUUUUGUAUUUAUAUAUAUUGAAAUGUAGAAUGUUAUAUUCAUAUUUCCUAAUAUCUCUUGAUGUCACACUUUUACCUUGUUCAAACAUGAACCUGCAGAGUUUUGUUUUUGUUUUAGUAUUUUAUUGUAAUGUCCUCAGCAUACAUGUAAGUAUAUGCUAUACUAAAGUACUAUCAACUGUAAAUUAAUUAAUUUUUUUUUUAGGUUUGUAUUCAUUUAAAUAAAAUCUAAUAUACAAUUAGAUGUUAUGUUUCUAAAAAUGAUUUAGUUUUAAAAAAAAAAAAUUAAUACAAACAAAGGCCACAUAUAAUACUUGACCUAUCCCUUAACCAAGUCUAAUAUGUUCAUUGGAAUAUUUAUUUCAGAGCUGCAAUAUUAUUGUUUGUAUUUGUACUGUUUCGUCAUGUGUUGUUCGUUUAGAGAAUCUUUAACUAAUUUUUUUCAACAUUCUCUUAAUUCAUUAAAUUUGUUUUCUUUUCUUUUUUUUUAAUGACACCAGGAUAAAGAAGGGGGGAGUGAACUCAUAUUUUUUAGUGUCAUACGAAUGAUCUAUUUUUAUUUUAUUCAAUAAUUUUUUUUAUUUUUUUUUUAAUUUGUUUACAUUGCUAGGUCAACAACUAAAUUGUAUUUCUGUCAUUUUGUUUUAUUUAAAAAAAAAAAGGAUUUAAUUAUUUUUUUUUAUGUACCGGUAGCAUUUUAUCUGAUGUGCUGACAUAAGAGGGGAGAUAAUGUGUAAAGGCAGCAUACGACACUGGACUUAAUUCCCUUUACUCAUCUUCAAACAUUUCAUUCUCCCAUUCAGCAAAUAAUUGGUCAGCCUUAAGCUAGAACUAUUGACUGCUACAGCACUGCCAUACCACGGGACUGAUAGAUGUAGGUUAUAGGAACAUAAUAUUGAGUGAUCUAAUGUUGAGAAAGGAAUGAACUUUUUGUUCAUUUCUCCUGAAUACAAGUGGAAACAUUUUUUUUUGUGUGUUUACAUCUUGUGGCAUGUAUAUGAACUAUUAUACUUAUAUUCAGUUGUGAAGCCAUUUUGCUUUAAAUGAACCUUGUAACAAUCAUUUCAUUGCUUUUUUGUAUGUUAAAUAUACAAACAAUUUCAGUGUAUCGGGUCUUGGCUAUUGAAUAGAUCAAUUUUGCAUUAGUUUAUCUACAUUCCUGUCUUAUCAAAUUGAGCAUUUGAUGUAUUUUGAAACAGAAAGCAAUCUAGACCUUCUCUUAUUUGGCUUACACAAAAGGUUGUUAGGGCUUCUAUCUUCAAUGUCUGUAAUAAAUGUCUCGCUUCCAACAGAA